GUUUGGGUGUGUAUGUGAAUCGUGAGGUGUAGUUUCAUUCUCAUGUGCUCACGUCAACUAAAACAAGUUCAAACCUAGUAUCAAUUCUAAGAAGUGACAUCAUUCGUGCGUUGAGAUUUCUACAGUCAUGGGAAACUCGAACCACCUGGAACGGACCUUCGACUGACUGCAGCGCCGACUACGCCGUUCGAUUUUUUCUUCCCUGUAUAUAUUGAGGUGCGGUGACCACGAAUCUCGUUCACACCGUCGCUGGAGGUCGAUAAGAACGUUUAAAAAAAUGAUUAUUCCGUCCGAGCGACCACAUCAUUUAGACUAUGACGUGGAUUCUUCAUUCGACAGCGAGACUGAUCAGACGAGAUCGUAUCCUGUGACACAUCCACCAGCCGAGGCUCCGCUUUGCUCUCAGUGUCAAUUGACGGAUGCAGCCUAUUUCGACCUUAGUUGUUUGAAAUGUUUGCAAGUGUUUGUCAAUCCGCACACCACCAUUUCGCAGAUAUUCGCCGUCAUGCGGCAAUGGAAUCCUCACACACAACGAUCAAUCAAAUUCUGCAUUCAACAGGUGUUGGAGCGUAACGGGCACGUCAAUGACCGUGACUCCAUCUCAGACAUGACGUUACUCCAUUUCGCCUGUAAAGCCGGAGCCGCUGGUAUUGGUGAUCCUCAAGUUGCUGCAGAGGUUGUUCAAGACCUGAUAUCGCGUGGAGCUGAUAUUUACGCCCGGUGCAGGUGGACGCAAAUGACACCGUUACAUUAUGCCGCCUUGUUUGACUCGGAGCCCAUCACCAAGAUUCUGCUCAAUGCUAAUCACUCCGUCGACAUUGACAGUCCUUGUAACGAAUACGAAAAUGGUUCUGCUCUGCAUAUCGCCGCUCAUAACUUGGCUGUCAACAGCGCCCUCGUUCUGGUCGAAUUCGGCGCCAACACAAAGUUGAAGGAUAAUCUCGGACGUACACCUUUAGAAUGCAUUCCGGAUGGAUCAAAAUACGAGCACAUUCCACACACAGAAGACAUUAUCGUGCAAUUGCGAGACAUUCUAUCAAGAGAUGUCAAGUCGAACAACAAAUCGCCAGGCAAAAAUGGCUACAAAAAAGCUGCGGAAAGUGUGGCCGGAAGGGCUAUGCUCAAAACUAUGUGGCUGAACGUAGGUGACCGAAUCUUGGUAGAUAAAGCCAAAGGAGCCACGCUCAGAUAUUGCGGAACAGUCGAUUUUGCAUCUGGAAUUUGGGUUGGCGUAGAGCUUGACACUCCAGAAGGGAAAAACGAUGGCAUUAUCCAGGACACUAUUUACUUCAAGUGUUCACCCAAUCAUGGUCUGUUUGUGCCUUUAAAUCGUGUGUCUAAAUUUCCAAGUUCUACCAGUGGAUUCCAGCCAGCCUGCAUCUUAAAAACGCCCAGCAGCCGCCAAUUGAACGUAUCAAAAAGUCCUACUAAUGUAACCAAAGCAACAGGAAAACCGGAAGAGAUCAACGUCGGUGACAAAGUGAUGGUAACUACUUUGAACGGAACCCGACAUCGUGGAGUCGUUCGAUUCCGAGGAGAGACCAAGUUCGCUAACGGAUUGUGGUAUGGCGUCGAGCUGGACAAGCCGGAAGGACGUAAUAGCGGCUCAGUCCAAGGCGUUCGCUAUUUCAGUUGUCCGGAAAAGCACGGCGUAUUUGCCACCGGAAGCAAACUUCAAAAGAUUCACGUCGAGCCGGAAACUCCACGACGUGCAACGACACUUACUCGUCGUUCCAGUCUCAAUUUACCAGCGAAAUCUUCUCCAAACUCGGCUCCAACUACAAUGCGACGCAGCCUUUCGACUCAGCAUCGAGCCAACGAAUCGCCAUUUCAUUCCACGCCAUCAACGUCCCAGCCGAGAUCACUUGGCGCCAAGAUUGACAGCAACAAGCCGGGAUGGCAAAGCAUCACGGCCAUCGAAACGAUCAAGCCCUCAAAGAAAAAGACCAAUCAGCACUGGCUGGACGUCGGCAUGAACGUUCUAUUUAAUCACCAGGUGGGCGUUAUAAAAUACAUCGGCCGUGUGCAAUUCGCCGAAGGCAUCUGGUUAGGUCUUGAAAUGCGUGAUCACGUCGGUAGGCAUGAUGGGUGCGUUCAGGGCCAUCGCUACUUUAAUUGCAAAACUAAUCGCGGAAUUAUGGUGAGGCCAUCUUCCGUCACCGUCCGGGGCAUCAACGGCGCCACACUAAUCAAACCAGAAUAGUAACGAUAUUUUAAUCUGUUUUGUUUUUACCAUUAUUUUAUUUGCUUUUCACUUUUCACUCUUUUGAGACGUUUGUAACAAACAUACUUUUAUCCUCGUAAUUUGACGCUUGUUGUCCUACAAAUAGAAAAUUGGACCGA